AAGACAGUAGCUGUCUAGCUGAGGUACACAGAAUCCAAAGUUUAGCAAAAUCUAAAAUUGUGAGUGAAGAAUGUGAUAGAAACUAGCCCUAAAGAGUCGUCGUCGUUGUUAUUUGAAUUUUUGGUAAAUCCAAAUAAUGAACAAGAAGAGUCUAAGAACGUAUGAAAGAAAGCGGUAUUCUCAGAAGAGUAACCAGGUUGAUGAAGAAGAAGAGUAUCAUAAGCUUUCUAAAAAGCUCAGACCUAAAGUAACGAAGGUGUAUGAUUAUUAUAGUGACCAGGAUGGCGAGGAAGACUAUCCAGCCAAGAAGAAGCUCAAACUCAAGGCAACGGAUGGUGUGAAAACAGGGUUAGUUACUGGAAUUGGAAAUCUUCAUGAAGUUAGUCUGCCAAAACAACAUGUUCUUGAGGAAAACAGUGCUGCUGCUGCUAAUAACCUCUCUCACAACGAUGCAACUCAAGUUAAACCUAAGCGCAAUAGGGAGUACACAGAAAAGGUGUGCUUAAUGUGCCAUCAGUGCCACAGGAAUGAUAAGGGCAGGGUUGUUCGUUGCCAAAUUUGCAAGACCAAGCGAUACUGCAUUCCGUGCUUGACUAACUGGUAUCCUAAGAUGACCGAGGAAGAAGCUGCCGCUGCUUGUCCAGUUUGUCGUAAACUUUGCAAUUGUAAACCUUGCUUGCGUGAUCUUCCAAAAGACCUUCUGAAUCGUCUGCGAGAGCUGAAAGUUGAUAAAGAUAUGAAACUAGAGCACUGUAAACAUAUAGUCCACGCUCUUCUUCCCUUCCUGAGGCAGUUAGAUAAAGAGCAAUUAAUAGAGAAAGAUAUUGAAGCUAGGGCGAAAGGUUUGUCCCCUGCACAUAUGGAGAUUCAAAAUGCUAAUUGUCCUAGGAAUGAGCGCAUCACCUGCGACAAUUGCAGGACCUCUAUCUUUGACUAUCACAGAAGUUGUUCAAACUGCUUCUCUAAUAUCUGCCUUCUUUGUUGCCGAGAAAUCUGUCAUGGACACCUACAGAGAAGUGACCAGGAAGUGGUUAUGGAGUAUAUUGAUAGAGGGUUUGAAUAUUUGCAUGGUAAAAAGGGGAUGUAUACGAAAACAGAUAAAUUACUGUCCAAAAAUGAAUCUAAGAUCCAGGGGUCAAAUUCAGGAUGGAAAGCUAACGAGGAUGGAAGCAUUGCUUGUCGUUGUGGUAUUGGAAAUUUGGAACUGAAAUGUUUGUUCUCAGGAAAUUGGGUUUCAGAGUUAUUAAAGAGAGCGGAAGAUGCUAGACAUGCUUAUGAACUUGAUCAGGUUAAAAUUCCAUCAAAGCAAUGCAUGUGUUUUAAUUCCCAUGGAGAUGUUGACAUAGGAAAUAGUCAAUUGUUAAAAGCAGCAUCUCGAGAGGACUCUGAUGGAAAUUUUCUGUACAAUCCGAGGGCCAAAAGCAUCAAAGAGGAGGAUUUGAACCAUUUCCAAUACCAUUGGAUGAGAGCUGAGCCUGUGAUCGUUAGCAAUGUUCUCGAAACUGCAACUGGCUUGAGUUGGGAGCCAAUGGUCAUGUGGCGUGCCUUCCGCCAGAUAAGUAAUGAAUGUCAUGAAAAACUUUUGGAUAUGAAGGCCAUUGACUGCUUGGAUUGGUCUGAGGUCAGUAUGGCCUGUUAUCUGGUACGUAUUAAUGUUCGCAAAUUCUUUGAUGGAUACUUGACCGGCCGAUCUGACCUAGUUAACUGGCCUCAGUUACUUAAAUUGGAAAUCUGGCCUCCUAUUAAGUUUGAUGAACUUUCACCCCGGCAUGGUGCUGAAUUUACUCUUUGUUUGCCUUUUAAAGAGUACACACAUCCUGAGAAUGGACCUCUGAACCUUGCUGCCAGAUUGCCUAAGGACUCUUUGAAGCCAGAUAUGGGACCAAAGACAUUUAUUGCUUAUGGAUGGACUCAAGAACUUGGACGUGGAGAUUCUGUGACCAAGCUUCACUAUAACAUGUCGGAUGCGGUAAAUGUGUUGACACAUACAGCUGAAGUGACCCUUGAACCUGAUAAACUUACUGCUAUAGAAAGACUUAAAAGAGCGCACAGGAAGCAAGACCUUAGAGAACUUUAUAGUAUCAAUCAGGUUCUGGAGGAAGAUGCUGAUGCUGAAAUGCAGAUUGGUUGUGUUGGCGCUUCAUUCGACAAAGGGGGGGCAGAUGAGGGAGGUGCUGUUUGGGAUAUCUUUCGGAGAGAAGAUGUUCCUAAGUUGCAGGAAUAUCUUAACAAGCACUUCAAAGAGUUUAGGCACAUUCACUGCUGCCCGUUGCAGAAGAUUAUUCAUCCUAUUCAUGAUCAGACUAUGUAUAUGACUCUAGAGCAUAAGAGGAAGCUGAAAGAAGAAUAUGGCAUUGAGCCAUGGACAUUUAUCCAGAAACUUGGUGAUGCAGUCUUUAUUCCUGCAGGCUGUCCACAUCAAGUGAGAAACUUGAAGUCGUGUAUUAAGGUAGCAUUGGACUUUGUUUCACCAGAAAAUGUUGGUGAGUGCAUCCGAUUGACAGAGGAACUCCGUUCACUGCCCCAAAACCACCCAGCCAAAGAGGACAAGCUGGAGGUUAAGAAAAUGUAUCUUCAUGCAUUGAAAUGGGCCAUGGAUGUUUUGGAGGGUACUGAAGAUUUUAGGUAUACAAGCUGGGAAGGGGCAUUUGAAGCCACUCGUCAUCUAAGGAAAUUCAAAAGUGGAAGGAAACUCAAAAGAAAAGCAUGCAGACAUUUUGGAAGCUUUCAAGGAUUCUCAAAGUUUAGAAACACCUCAGACAAUCCUGUUGAGGUAGGUAAUGAUGUCUCGGAAUCAAGCAAAGAGAUUUCCAUGGAAGAUCCAAUAGAAGAAGGAGCUGAAUUGACGGCAGGUGAAUCUGGAAAAGAUGAAAGUUCUAGCUGCCAAGAUAAAGAAAAGGACACAGAGAAAGAUAUACUCUCACAUCCCGCUAAUUCAUCCUCUUCAGACAAUUCCGUUGAGGUAGACAAUGAUGUCUCAGAAUCAAGCAAAGAGAUCUCUAAUGAAGCUUCAACAAAUGAGGAAGGAACUGAAUUGACACCAGGUGAUUCUGGAGAAGAAGAAAGUUCUAGCAGCCAAGAUAAAGAAAAGGACACAGAGAAAAAUAUACUCUCAGAUCCCGCUGGUUCAUCCUCUUCAGACAGUUCCGUUGAGGUAGAUAAUGAUGUCUCAGAAUCAAGCAAAGAGAUCUCUAAUGAAGCUUCAACAAAUGAGGAAGGAACUGAAUUGACAGCAGGUGAUUCUGGAAAAGAAGAAAGUUUUAACAGCCAAGAAAAGGACACAGAGAAAGAUAUACUCUCACAUCCCGCUUGUUCAUCCUCUUCAGCCAAUUCUGUUGAGGUAGAUAAUGACGUCUCAGAAUCAAGCAAAGAGAUUUCCAAUGAAGCUUCAACAAAGGAGGAAGGAGCAGAAUUGACAGCAGGUGAUUCUGGAAAAGAAGAAAGUUCUAGCAGCCAAGCCAAUUCUGUUGAGGUAGAUAAUGAUGUCUCAGAAUCAAGCAAAGAGAUUUCCAAUGAAGCUUCAACAAAGGAGGAAGGAACUGAAUUUACAGCAGGUGAUUCUGGAAAAGAAAGUUCGAGCAGCCAAGAAAAGAACGCAGAGAAAGAUAUACUCUCACAUCCCGCUUGUUCAUCCUCUUCAGACAAUUCCGUUGAGGUAGAUAAUGAUGUCUCAGAAUCAAGCAAAGAGAUCUCCAAUGAAGUUUCAACAAAUGAGGAAGGAACUGAAUUGACAGGUGAUUCUGGAAAAGAAGAAAGUUCUAGCAGCCAAGAUAAAGAUAAGGACACAGAGAAAGAUAUACUCUCAGAUCCCACUGGUUCAUCUCCUUUAGACAAUUCCGUUGAGGUAGAUAAUGAUGUCUCAGAAUCAACCAAAGAGAUUUUUAAUGAAGCUUCAACAAAGGAGGAAGGAACUGAAUUGACAGAUAAAGAAAAGGGGACAGAACAAGAUACACUCUCAUAUCCCGCAGCUUCCCCUCCUUCAGACUACGAGUCUGCUUCUCGAGAUACAUCCGCUGUUUGUACCUUUGUAUCAUCCGAUGAGCCUGUUGAUGAGGAUCCCAUUACACAAAUUAACAAGCUUUCCGCCAUUGUAGAGGAGGAUCAAGAACUACAUGAUUUUAGCUUUAUGGAUGACAUUAUUGUUCCUAAAGCUAGUGCAUCUUACAUUUCUAAUCUCGAUGAGAUUAAAGGAGCGACUCUUGUGAUUAGACAAAUUCUAACCCUCGACAUUUCACAGAUUACAGAUUCUCAGAGAGUUCUAUUCCUUUCAGCUCUGAAAUUUUUUCAAAAUGUGAAGGGUUCUGCCAUCACUCCUGAUAUUGAGAAUCAAGCGGGCAGCAUAUUGAUUUCUUGGAAAUCCCAUGAAGAAUCAGAAUCAAGCAGCAUCCGAGAAUUGGAGGCUCUCAAGGUGGGAAGCAAAACGUACAAGGCUCUAGGGAAAAAGAAACAGGAAAUGGCUGACAGAAUUCGAACUAUCAAUACAGAGGGUCAGAGACUUGAGGCGGAAAUAAAGAAAAUGCAGGAUAUGAUUCAGGAAUUGAGGUCUCAGCAGGUUAAACUGGUAGAGGAGUGCAAAUCGUUGAGUGAGCAUUAUCAGGAAUUGACGAUUAAGUUUAAGCCUCUUCAUAGUGCAUUUGAAGCCAAGAAAAAAGAGAUGGUUUCAUGGGUGGAAGUUUGUACCAAAGCUUGUGAAGGCAAAAAUGCUUGUAGGAUGCAGUGGGAUACACUCAAUCAAUUACUCCUGGAUUCACUUCACUUAUGAAAUUAUUAUUUGGGAAGUAGUAAUUAACUUUGCAUGAUUUGUUUAUUUACUUCUCAAAAAUUAAAUUUUUCUUUUUAAAGUAUAGUAUAUUAUUAAAUAAUCAAAGUAAUUAAGUUUAAAAAUAUUGGUCUUUAACUAAA